AACUUAAUCUUAAUGCUGUUGUCGUAGUCGAGGAGGAUUGUCGCAAGUCCAGGAGUUCCAACAGUUCUCGCUCAAUCAGCUAUUCUUCAAGCUUGCAAGUCGCAUCUACAAUUGUUUUUACUCAAGAAAGAAUGCCCAUUUCACAAUGAAUGUCUUCAAAUAUCAUCACCACUUCCGCCUGCAGAUUCUCGGAAGGCUUCUCCUAAAUUAUUUCGUUGGUGAAGGGCCUUCUAUCAGUAGCCGAAUUGGGUCCAAACAAUGCUUCGGCAAUCACUCAGAAGAUCAGCAGAUGACGGAAUUCAUGGAAUACUUAGAUUCUCUGAAGAACUACGAGAAGUUGGGUGUGCCCACAGGCGCAGGGACGGAUUCUGAGGAUGGGUUCGAUCUCGGAAGGAUGAAAAGACUGAUGGAGCGCCUGGGUAAUCCACAAUCGAAGUUUAAGGCAAUUCACAUUGCGGGAACCAAGGGAAAAGGGUCGACUGCGGCCUUCCUGUCUAACAUUUUACGAGCAGAGGGAUACUCUGUUGGUUGUUAUACUAGUCCUCAUAUUGAAACUAUAAGGGAACGUAUUUCGCUCGGAAGAUCUGGAGAGAUGGUCUCUGGAAAGGCACUAAAUUUUCUUUUCAAAAGGAACAAAGAGUUACUUGACCAAUCGGUAAAACUUGAAAAUGGACGUAUAAGCCACUUCGAGGUCCUUACUGCUAUGGCAUUUUCACUCUUUGCUCAAGAGAAUGUUGAUGUUGCAGUCAUUGAGGCUGGACUUGGUGGUGCACGAGAUGCAACAAACAUUAUUUGUAGCUCUAUACUUGCUGCUGCAGUCAUAACUUCAAUUGGAGAGGAACACAUGGCUGCUCUGGGUGGCUCUUUGGAAAGCAUUGCAAUGGCAAAGGCUGGAAUAAUUAAACAUGGAUGUCCGACCAUUCUGGGUGGUCCUUUCAUUCCAAAUAUUGAGUGCAUUCUUCGCGACAAAGCAUUGUCCAUGUCUUCGCCUGUAGUAUCAGCCUCAGAUCCUGGAAAUAGAAGUACCAUAAAAGGUGUAAGCCUGCUCAAUGGAAGACUUUGCCAAUGCUGCGACCUAAUAAUCCAAACAGACGAUGAAUUCAUUGAGUUAUUUGAUGUCAACCUCCGCAUGCUUGGACGUCAUCAACUUCAGAAUGCAGCAACUGCAACUUGUGUUAUUCUUACUCUCCGCAAUUUAGGUUGGAGAAUUUCAGAUGCAUCUAUUAGGAGUGGACUAGAGAAAACAUUCUUGGUCGGUAGGAGUCAUUUCUUAUCAGCCAAGGAAGCUGGGAUGCUUGGACUACCUGGAACAACAAUAUUGCUUGAUGGAGCCCACACCAAAGACUCUGCUAAAGCAUUAGUGGACACCAUUCAAAUGAGUUUUCCCGAUGCUCAAUUGGCUCUCGUGGUUGCAAUGGCUAGUGAUAAGGAUCACAAUGGUUUUGCCACAGAAUUUCUUCAAUGUGGAAAAUUGGAGUCCAUUGUCUUAAGUGAAGCCAAUAUUGGUGGAGGCAAAUCAAGGACAACUUCAGCUGCUCUUCUAAGGGACUGCUGGAUCCAAGCAUCCAAUGAAAUGGGGAUCCCUACACAGACCUCGUUAUUGACUACAGAGACCUCGUUAUUACGUGCCAUAAAAAUCGCUGCUGAGAUUCUCAAGCAGAGAACCGAAGGGCGGCGAGGCCUUGUCGUAGUAACUGGCUCCCUGCAUGCUGUUUCAAUGGUGUUAUCUUCUCUUCAUUCUUGAAGCCUUUUACUUAUGAAGGCACUUCAUUGGAUGAAGUUUAAGCAAAGUUCCAUAGAUUUGCAGAUUAUUUUGGUAGAAUGUUUGGUAUGAAUUAUUUGAGGUAUUUUCUGUCAUACUUUUUUGAGAAGAAUAAAUAUGUUUAUAAAAGUAUAAAUGCUGUUGUUUAAUUA